CGCUCUCUCUCUCUCUGCUCUCUCCGCUCUCCACUCCUUCUGCUCAGCUUCAUUGUCGACUGACUCGUCCAUAGCUUGCUGUCGCAUGCUUGUCUGCGCUGCCUCAUUCCCUGAGCACAUGCACCGUUGACCCCACGGCAACAGGCCCCUCAACCCGAAGCAAACACGACGUGCUGCGGAGCCCCGCAUCGUGCAAUACGUACGCGGGCGUCGUCGCAGCAAUGGCAGGCCACAGCGAAGGCGCCGACCCCAAGAAUGCCUCUCUCAGCAGCUCCAUGUCGUCUGUAGGCCGCACGCCGCCGCCACCCGCGCUCAAGAUGGCGUCGAGCCCGAGCCCGCUGUCGUCGCACCGCUCCAGCUUCGUCGAGCACAUGCGAGGCGCCCCCACAUCCCCGCGCGCCUCACGCCAGCCCUCCCUGACGCAGCAGGCCCUGCAAGAUCUGCUCAACAACCCGCCCACCAAGGGCGCCGACUCGACGUUCCACGGCCGCGACUGGAAGACGAUCCAGCUGCGCGAGAUUGUCGACCCGGACCUGGUCAGGUUCGUUGAGUACGACACGAGCGUCGAGGAUGCUACGAGCAUUCUCGUCAAGAGCGGCGCCCCCAACGUGGUCCUCUUGCGCGAACACGCCAAUACCCGCCACGCAGUCGGCACCUUUGACUACAGCGACCUGAACGCCUACCUCCUCCUCGUCGUCGGCCUGGCACACCCCGAAGAGAGAGACAUUGCCUCGUUUGACGAGCUCGCGAGAAAAGGAAGAGAGGGCAAGCCCAUUCCCCUCAAGGAUGUCAAGGAUAUCGGCGGCAACAAGGAGCCGCUGAUUACGCUGGAUGAGACGACGGAUCUGUCCAAGGCGAUCGAGGUGUUUGGCAGUGGCGUACACAGAGUUCUUGUUGCCGAGCAGGGCACGUCCAACACGGUCGGCAUUCUCACGCAGCUGCGACUAGUCCGCUUCUUCUGGGAGAACCGCUCGAGCUUCCCGGCCGUCAACCAGCUCUACCCCCAGCUGAUCAAGGACUUGAAUCUCGGCUCAAAGACGGUGCUGGCUAUCAAUGGAGAUAAGCCCUUGGCAGCGGCUCUCGAGCUCAUGAACAACGAGGGCAUCUCGUCCCUGCCCGUUCUCGAUGCCCAAAACAAUGUCAUUGGCAACAUAUCGCACGUGGAUGUUCGGCUCCUCACCAAAUCUACGUCGCUGCCCCUGCUUCGUUCUUCGUGUAUCCACUUCAUAUCUGUUAUCUUAUCUGAGCGGGGAGUAAACGACGGAAAGGAUUCAUUCCCUGUAUUCCAUGUAAAUCCCUACAGCACGCUUGCACACACGGUGGCCAAGCUAGUAGCUACCCGCUCCCACCGCAUGUGGGUCGUCGACGCGCCAUCGCCUGCCUCGUCGGGGCCUUCGACUCCAGCAAUAACACCAGCCAUUGUUGUCCCGCCUUCGCCCACGACGCCACUACCCGGCAUGGCUGGUCCAACGCCCGUCAACUCUACCGCGCCCACGCAUCUCGCGGCUACGGGAGCUGUUGCGCCCGCCAUUUCGGCAUCGGCCAUUUCGGCCAUGCCCGGGGCUAGUCUCUCGGGCAGACUAAGUGGGGUCAUUAGUCUUACGGAUAUCCUUAAUCUAUUCGCUCGAGCAAGCGGACUCAACCCCCAUGAUCCAGACGAAGCCCGACAGGCGCGCCGCCGCUCCAGCUCGAGCAGCAUGCGCAAAAGCAUGGAUAGCGCGCGCAGUGAAAGCAUAUCGGCCAUUGCAGGUAGACGCAGCAGUGUGAGCGAACGCGAGAAGAACAACGGGUCUGCGCCUCAGGGUCUGGGUAUUUCGAGGGGUCGUGGUCCGUGAGCAGUCUUGAACGUAGACUUGUGUGUGUGUGUGUGUGUUUGUGGUUUUGGGAGAGAAGAGCAUAUUAUUACUCUUGUUUUCUUUUUUGGUCUGAGGGCGUUUAUGAAUACACUUUAGAAGCAAGCGUGAUCAAGGGCGGG